CAUCGUUGUAUUUGUAGUUUUUGGCUAACUGGAUAAACAAACCAACGUGGUUUCAAGCAAAACAUAAACAUACGAUUUUCUCCCAAAAUAUUGGAAACACUGUACUGUACAUAACUGCCCAUUUAGUUUCAAUCAUGGCUGCAAUAACUAAGCUUCACAUAUACCCACAAGGCAUAGAGCACUUUUCUUUUGGGGAACAAUCGAGAAAUGGAUUGCUUAGACAGGGUUUUCUAUGGUCUGGUGGGGUACAUAGAGGACGUCAUGGAUUGUGUGUCCAGAGGUGCAGGUCUUUUAAGUCUGACGAUGGAGGAGAAGUGGAACAGAAACAGCACAAAAGUGAGAAAAGUUGUGGGACGGUGAUGGAAAACGAGAAUAAUUUGAACAAGAGAGAUGGGUUCUUGAGUACUUCGAAAGAUGCUGUUUCUGGGUAUGGAAGAUCGGAUUCAGAGUCAAGUGACAAGUAUACGAAAGCAGUAGCUAAAUUGGAGGAGGUUCUUUCAUCGAUUGCUAUUCAAAUAGGAAGAUAUAUAGUCACCAUGAUGAGCACUGGUGUAGUACUUGCAGUUGGUUUUCAGUUGUCAGGUGGAGACAGUCAAAUGAAUACAUUGAUUUGGUAUAGCUGGCUUGGAGGAAUUAUUAUUGGAACUAUGAUAGGUGCUAACAUGGUUUUAGAUGAACAUUGUCGUGCUGGUCCACGUAACGUGGUCAUAACCGGAAGCACAAGGGGUCUUGGAAAAGCACUUGCUCGAGAAUUUCUUCUGUCUGGCGAUCGUGUGGUUAUUGCUUCACGCAGCCCUGAGUCUGUAAAUAUGACAGUCAGAGAGCUUGAAGAGAAUCUCAGGGAGGGAAUGAUCACCACCAGUGGCUCAUCUAGGAAAAAUCUGGCACGUGCAAAAGUUGUUGGCAUAUCUUGUGAUGUUUGCGAACCUUCUGAUGUGCAGAAAUUGGCAAAUUUUGCUGUCAAUGAAUUUGGAUCCAUUGACAUAUGGAUAAAUAAUGCUGGCACAAAUAAAGGCUUUAGACCCUUGCUGCAGUUUACAGAUGAAGAUAUUAAGCAGAUUGUUUCAACAAAUUUGGUUGGAUCUAUUCUCUGCACUCGUGAAGCAAUGCGUGUGAUGGUAAACCAACCUAAGGGCGGGCACAUUUUUAACAUGGAUGGUGCUGGUUCGGGGGGAUCUAGCACCCCUCUUACAGCCGUGUAUGGUUCAACAAAGUGCGGUCUUAGGCAACUCCAAUCAUCACUUCUGAAAGAAUGUAAGCGAUCUAAAGUUGGCGUGCAUACAGCAUCUCCUGGCAUGGUCCUCACGGAUUUGCUUUUGAGUGGAUCAACUCUAAAAAAUAAACAAAUGUUUAACAUCAUCUGUGAGCUUCCAGAAACAGUUGCUAGAACCUUAGUUCCACGGAUGCGCGUAGUAAAAGGUACAGGGAAGGCCAUCAAUUACUUGACCCCACCUAGGAUAUUACUUGCUUUGGUGACCGCAUGGUUGCGGCAAGGUCGCUGGUUCGAUGACCAGGGAAGGGCGUUAUACGCAGCUGAGGCAGACCGACUUCGUAACUGGGCCGAAAACCGUGCUCGGUUUUCCUUCACAGACGCAAUGGAAAUGUACACUGAAAAUACAUGGGUGUCUGUUUUUUCACUUUCUGUUGUUUGUGCCUUCAUAAUCCUUUCAAGCACAGGCAGCACUUUUCCAGGCACCUAACUUCUCAACAACUGCAGCACAUGAAGCAUUCAUUCAGAAGGUAUCAUUACAGCCUAAACACACAGUUGAAGGAUCCUACUAAAGCAUAUGCAAUCCAAGCUGAGCUGUUUUAGAUGAUGAGCCCAGCCCCAGGUGACCAAUGAAAUAUUUCUACAUUUAUUUGGGCCUGAGCCUGUCCAUUUUUUAAGGUGGGGCUAACCCAUGAUGACUCUAUUUGUAACAUAAAACAUCAACUGAAGCAUCAGCCAUAGCAAUGAAUGAUUAAGAUUAUUUGGA